UUUCCUGAUCACAUCGAGUGCUUGCUUCUCCGGUCUUUCAAGCAAUGGUUGAAGGUCCAUACGCGGAAGGCUCCACCGACCAUCGUGGGAUCUAUCGAUUUACUACUCACGGAUGGAGUCAGGAAGCUCUUGUUAUCGUUCUUAACAUAA